AUGUUGGUAAAUGUCGCGAGUUUGUACGUUCUUCUAUUACUUUUAAAAAAUUCCCAUUGUAAUAAAGAUCCUGAUGUCCAUGACCCCAUCGAAACUAUAAUAAACAGAUAUGGAUAUCAAAUGCAAAAUAUUACAGUUCAAACCGAUGAUGGAUACAUAUUGCAAACUUUUAGAAUUUCUCCCAAUGGAACCAACAUAGAAAAAAUAUCCGGACAACCAUUGGUCAUUUGGCAUGCUUGUGAUAGAAACGCUAGGAGCUUAGUCGCAAAUGGAAAGGAAUCUUUACCAUUUUAUUAUGUCGAUUCUGGUUAUGAUGUUUGGCUUCCAAAUAUUCGAGGUACGAAAUAUUCCAGCCAUGUUAGUUUAACCCAAAAAGACGCUAAAUAUUGGAACUUCAGUUAUGGUAAAAUAGGAAGGUCUGACGUUAAGGCAGUGUCAGAGAUGAUUGUGCAAAAAACUGGAAAAAAACUUAUCACUAUGGGACAUUCUUUAACAACAAGUGCUUUAUUUGUCUACGCCUCUGAGUUACCAGAGGAAGCUUCCAAAAACAUUAAGGGUAUUAUUGGUUUAGCACCAGCCAUCAACGUGUACUAUUCUUGGGCCUUUAAGUUGCCGUCUCUUUUACCCAACACUAUUAGGGAUACAUUUGGUGUAUUUGGAAUGCAUUAUAUUGAUACAGGAUUUGCGUCAAUAUGCGAGUUGAAAAUAGCACAGCCUCUUUGUGAAUUUUUGGUUGACUUUUCUUUUGGAAAAGGUGAUAACAUUGAUGUUGGCGCAAGUUACGCAAGAUUUUUCUCAAAAGAAAACAACGAACCCAUAAGCAGCCAAGUAUUGAUCAACUAUUUACAAAUGAUGCAUAGUAAAGGAACCUUUGCUGAGUAUGAUUUUGGAAUGUUGAGAAAUCUUAAAGAGUAUGGAAAACUUACACCACCAGAAUUUAACAUUAAAAAUAUAAAUGUUAGAACUGAUCUUGUCUGUGGCACUGAUGACAAAGUAGUUUCGUGCAAAGAUUCAAACAACACUUAUAAAAUGCUUCAAUCUGAAAAAUCCCUCACCAUGUUACCGAAUAAUGAUAAAUGCAAGGGCAGUGUGGCUCAUUACGACUAUUACAUGAAUACUGAUAUGAAGAAUUGCAUUUUUGAUCCAGUGGAUGAAAUUUUGAAAAAUUACAAAAGCUUGUAA